ACACAAAAAAGAACUCUACGUUGAAUUUGUGUUAAUAAGCUAAGUUUAACUGAUACAUGCUUCAUAUUAAAAAAGAUGACAAGGCUAAGAAACUUUCAGUACUUAAGUUUUUGUGUCACUUGGAUUGCAUAUGCUUCUUCGUAUUUAUUAAGAAAACCAUUAGGGGUGGUAAAAAGUGAUCUUCAGACUUCUUACAAUCUUUCCAAAACAGAUCUUGGAUGGCUAGAUACUUGCUUUCUCUUGCCAUAUGCUCUUAUGCAGAUACUUUUAGGGAAUUUGGGCGACAAGUAUAGCGCAAGACUCAUUUUGUCUAGUUGCUUGGCAAUAUCAUCUUUUUCUAUGGUCACUUUUGGCUAUUGGAAUAAAAUGCUUGUGAUGGGUGUACUUCUUUUUUUAAAUGGCAGUGCUCAGGCAUGCUUAUGGCCAAACUGUGUUAAAGGAUUGUCCAAUUGGUACAAUGAUGAACAGAGAGCUACUUUAUUUGGAGUGUGGGGUACAUGUUGCUUUGCUGGUGGAAUAUUUGGCACUGUAUUAGCUGUACAUUUGCAGAAUAUUUACACACCUGAUUUAAGCAUGGUGUUUGCCAUACCCUCAGUUAUUGUAUUAAUUGUUGCAGUUCUUGUAUAUUUGUCACUCAGAACACCAUGUGAAAUGAAUUUAGUUGUUGAAGGAAAAGCGCUACCAAAGCAUUUUGGAGAACCAAAAGAAAAACUGCAGUUAAAUUUAUUUCAGAUUUGGAACAUUAAAAUGGUUGCAGAACUAUCUUGGACAAUGUUUGGAAUGAAACUAGUUCGAUACUGCUUAUACAUGUGGUUACCAAUGUACUUGAAUCAAAAUUUAAAAUACAGCGUAUCAAUGGCUGGUAUGUUAAGUACUGCUUAUGAUAUCGGAGGUGUUGCUGGUUCAGCACUGAUUGGUGUUUUUAUUGACAGAGUGAUGGGAGGUCGCACGUAUUGGGGAGUUGUCUUAGCCCUUGUCAGCAGUGCUAUAUCCCUAUUAGCAUUUCAGAUUACCAGCUCGUGGGGUUUACUAUUUAAUUUUGUACUACUCUUCUUAGUCGGGGCAUUUAGUUGUGGCCCGGAUUCGACAGUUUCUGGAACAUUAGCCUGCGAAGCAGGUGAAAGAGAAAACGCACAGUCAGCAGUUUCUGGAAUAAUCAAUGGAUUUGGUAGUCUAGGAACAGUUCUUGAAGGGCCUAUUGUAGCUUUAAUAGCGACAAGUUUUGGUUGGAAUGGAACAUUUUAUGCCAUGAUUCUACUUACUUUAGUUGGUGUAAUUGCUAUGGCAAAAGCUGCCAUUAUGAACGACAAAGUUAGACAAAACACUACGAAUCUGAUAUAGGUAUCACAUUUUGACGUAUCAACGAUUGUGUUAAAUAAAGCCGCAAGAUGAGAGUAAUAAAUACCAACAUUCUAUACUUUUCUAAUGUAAGGUUAAGGUGGUCUUUGACUUGAACAGAACAAUCACUCCAAUCUUAAAUGUAAUCAUUGAAAAUCUUUAAUACUAUUUUCUUGCGGUCCGGCACAUGU